AUGCCUAUCUCAAUCUGCGAUGGCGAAGACUCACGGGAACAAUGCUGCGGUUCACCAUGUUCUGAGUUGUCCGAUAUGGAAAAACGUCGAAUUAAUCGUCAGUUGUUUCUGGCUUUUCCACCCGAAGAGGCUCGUCAUUCCGGACAGCGUAUGUUUAUUUUCUUACGAGGAUACGAUAGCCUUGUUGGAGAAAAUAUCGAAGAAAGGCGGGCUUUUCCACCUGAAGAGGCUCGUCAUUCCGGACAGCGUAUGUUUGUUUUCUUACGAGGAUACGAUAGCCUUGUUGGAGAAAAUAUCGAAGAAAGGCGGGUUAUAUGGCAUCACUUCGUUUUUCUGCGUUUUAUCUUUUUUUAA